ACCAUUACCCUAUUUUGUAGCAUAACCUCGAGCUUUCUUCUUAAUAAAACCCUAGAAGCGGCCUCAAGCGCUCAUAUCCGACAUUCAGGGUAUUUUUUUUUAAUUUUUUUGGUACUAUCAUCUAUGCCUCCGGGUUUUUAAUCUCCUAAGCAAUAUACAUUUAUAUUUAUAUUUAUAUUUGUAUUUAUAUUUGUAUACGUAUCUAUUAUACAUGUAUUCUGUAUUCUGAUUUUGCAAUGUGUUUUGAGUAAAGAUGAAGGUGAUCGCUGCGUAUUUGCUCGCUGUGCUGGGAGGCAACACCAAUCCAUCGGCUGAUGAUUUGAAAAAUAUUCUCGGUUCAGUUGGCGCUGAGGCUGAUGACAAUAUGAUUAAAUUACUAUUGUCCGAAGUUGCGGGGAAAGACAUCACUGAACUUAUUGCUUCUGGAAGGGAGAAGUUGGCUUCAGUUCCCUCUGGUGGUGGUGGUGCUGCUGCUGGGGGUGGUGCUGCUGCUGCUGCUGCACCUGCUGCUGCUGAGCCAAAGAAAGAGGAGAAAGUGGAGGAAAAGGAGGAGUCUGAUGAAGAUCUGGGAUUCGGUCUCUUUGACUAAGGAGUUGCGACCAAUCUGUCCACCUGCAGCCUUCAGUUUUUUAGUUGUUGGUGGUAGUUUUAGUUCGAAACUCUGUUCACUUGAUUAAUUGGGGGAAUCGUUUGAAGGAAUGAAUUUUUUUUAAUUUUUUUUAAUUUUGGCGGAACGUUUAUUUUUGUGGUAAGUUUGGAUCGAAAGUUUAUUAGUAUUCACAGAUUAUUGAAAUUUGUUGUCACUGUGACAGUUACUUGAAUUUCUAGCACAAUUUGUGAUGUGUGUUUUGGUGGGAAACAUUGCCUAUAAUUGAAAUUCUUUAUUUCAUAAACAUUAUGACCAUUACUGCACUAGUUUAAGAUAACC